GGGCUUCUGCCCAGGUAAACCCGUGGAUCAAUUAAUAGUUUGCUCUGCCGGGCCGAUUUUCCAUGUGCUUCUGCUGGUUACACCGUGGUGGAUGCCUGCCGUACUCAUUGGAGUAUUUUACACAAACGUUCUGCUGCCGGGCGUGAGGAGGAGGCCACAGUUUAACCAAGCGAUGAAGCAUCUGUCCAAAAAGAGGAAGAGUCUUUAUCCUGAGCUCAUCUGCUGAGAAGGAAUUUCUCCACCCAGUCAGUCUGUCUUCACUCACACACACACCCACACACACCUUUACAGGUGAAUUUCCUGCCUGUGCUUCUGCUGGUUUACACAGUCAGUGCUCACUUUAUUAGGACCAUGUUGCAGUGAGUCUGAAAGUUUCAUGGUUGUGUUUAAUAUUCUGAAGCUUUACUGACGCAGGAAGGCUGGCUGGAUGGGGGGGGGAUUCAAAUGCCCCGGGGGAGAUUUGAAUCCAGGCCUCUGGAAACACCCUUUGACCAUGUGACUGACCUACUCCACCUUUCAAGUUUAAAGUUCAGGUUUUCUCACAGCGGCGCGUUAAUGUGGCGAGCAUGCUCAGCUGUCAGGACAUGCACACGCACUGAAUACCAGAAAUACCACAUAGCUGACAUAUUUCACCCACCACGCUGUGACGUGCAGUCACUCUUCUUCACUGAUGAAGACUCUGCAACACACUGAGUGCAGGAUUCACGUAGCCUUCAGUCUGAUUCAUUCACUUUCCAAAUCACAGCCACGAUAGCUGUGAGUGCUUCGUGUUUAUUUUUCUGUUACUGGAGCCAAUCAUGUGCUUUAUUAUCAGUCUGUUAAUCAGCUGAUCCUUCAGCCUGAUUCACUGCAUUCUUCUUCUUUUUCUCUGUUUCUUGUUAUUCAUGCAUUCCACAGAGUGCCUUUGUCCUGUCUUCCUUCCCUCUCCCAAACUGGUCUGAGCCUGGCUCUGCUGGAGGUUUCUUCCUGUUAAAAUUGAGGUUUUCCUUGCCACUGUCACAAAACUUCUUACUCAUAUGGUUGUUGAGAGUACAAAGACAGUACAGCAUCUCAAGGUGACUGUUGUUGUGAUUUGGAGCUUUGAUUCGGAGCUGAAUAAAACCAAGUUAAAACUGGUCCACAUCAGAAGUGUACUCGAGCUGUCAGUCAGGAACAUAAUUCAAAUAAUAAUUUAUGACACAACUAAAGCCAAAUGGAGUCCAAUCACAGUAAAGGACUCUGACCUCCUGAGCAGAUAAAGGCGUCCACUGGAGGAGCUCAGUUUGUGACUCAGAGAUGUGUUAAUGAAUGUGAAACUGUGAGCCCGAGGCAGGCUGACACGGGCGUGAUGUCAUCGCUUGUGUCAGGUCUGCUUGUCAUGGACGUUAAAAAGAUGAUGAUGUCAUUGAUUGUUUGUGAUUGAUUACCUGUAUCUGUUUUAACCCUCGUCAGCUCAAACAUCGGUAAAACCUUUAGCCUGUCAUCAUGGCAACCAGUACCAAAUGGGGGGCGGUAAAGGACCAGUUGACCAGAGGCCCCGCCACAGUCACUGACGGCAAGGUGGAGGCCAAUCUGGAGAACGCUGACCCCGAGCUCUGCAUCCGACUGCUGCAGGUUCCCACAGUGGUGAACUACUCGGGUCUGCAGCGGCGGCUGGAGGUGAGUAAUCAGUCAUGGAUGGUGCAGUUCCUUGAACUACAGGGUUUGGACCUCCUGCUGGAGGCGCUGGAGGCUCUGUCGGGCCGCGGCUGCGCCCGCAUCGCCGAUGCUCUGCUGCAGCUCACCUGCGUCAGCUGUGUCCGGACCAUCAUGAACUCGUCCGCAGGGCUGCAUUUCAUCCUGGACAACGAGGGCUACAUCAGGAUGCUGGCUCAAGCUCUCGACACGUCCAAUGUCAUGGUGAAGAUGCAGCUGUUCCAGCUGCUGGCUGCUCUUGCCGUCUUCGACCCUCGGGGACACCACCUCGUCUUCGAUGCACUCGACAACUACAAGAGCCUGAAGAAGCAGCAGUAUCGCUUCAGCGUGAUCAUGAAUAAGCUUCACGCCACCAACAACAUCCCCUACAUGGUGACGCUGCUAAGUGUGGUCAACGUCCUCGUGCUGCAGGAGGAGGAGCUGAGGAGGAGGCACCGGGUGCGGCAGGAGUUCAUCGGUCUGCAGCUGCUGAACCUGCUCCCCAGGCUCAGGGAGACGCAGGACAAGGACCUGAACAUCCAGUGUGACGUGUUUGAAGACUCUCUGUCGGAGGACAUGGAGGAGAUGGAGAGGCUGUACGGAGGGAUUGAUAUGAGCAGCCACCAGCAGGUCUUCACAAUGCUCUACACCAUGGUGUCCAGCCAUCCAUCCUCCGUGCAGCUGCUGUCCAUCCUUCAGGCCUUGUUGCUGGUGGGUCCGGACAGAGCUGAGGUCUGGUGUGCUCUGGAGCUGCUGAUGGAUCGAGCCACCCUGCUGGCUCAGGAUGGCCACGAGUCUCUGUGGACGUCAACAUCUUUGGACUCCAUGGAGCCAGAUUACUGCAGCAUCGAGCACCUCUUCAGUCUCCCUCCGACUGAGACCAAGACCAGAACCAAGUCAAAGACGGAGCCCAAAGAGGUGUCCUUCAUCGACGCCAAGAAGAGCCUUAACCUCAACAUCUUCCUCAAGCACUUCAAAUGUUCCCACGAGGACUUUGUGGAUCUCAUCCGAAGAGGAGACCGAUCAAAGUUUGAUGUUGAGGCCCUGAAACAGUUCAUCAAACUCCUCCCAGAG